AUGCAGAAUCUCCGCGACAAGAUCAAGCGCAAGCUCUCCAUCCACGACAAGAACCCCGACCUCAGCUCCUACGACGACCCAGAAGACAUCGACGAUGAGACGGCGGGCUACUUGCAGCGAGAGGCGGACAAGGCGGAAGAGUCGGAUCAGCCGCAUGGGAAGCCGGGCAGUUUUCUGAACAAGCUGAUUAUGCAUGGGAACAAGAAGACGGAGGAGCAGCUUGCGAGGGAGCAGGCGUUGUCGAGUCAGAACAAGUAG